AUGGAGAUUGGUGGUACAUCUUCUCGCCGUUUGAGUUUUGAGUCUGCUAAUGAAGAACAUAAUCAACUUCAUAGUGAUAUGAUAGAUGAUGACAGUAUGAAUCAUUUAGUUGACUUGACAAGUAUGAACAGUAAGGAAGAUACUCCAAAGAUUGGUAUGAGCUUUGAUACUGAAAUGGAUGACUAUGAAUUUUAUCUAAAGUAUUCAAAACGUGUGGGCUUUGGUGUUAGAAGAAGCAAAAGUCACAAGAACAAAUAUGGAGAAUUAGUUGACAGGAUCUUUUGUUGUAGUGCUCAAGGAAAAAGAUCGCAGGAUAAACGUGAUAUCUAUGUAAAAAAGGCUCGUCCAGAAACAAGAUUUGAUUGUCAGGCUAAACUGAAGGUUAGCAGUCGAGAAUCUGGAAAGCUUUGUGUGGUUGAGUUUGUUGAGGAGCAUAAUCAUUAUCUUUCAAGUCCAAACAAAAUACACUUACAUAGAAUUCAUAGAAAAAUAGCUCCUGUUGCAGCAUUGCAAAUUCAGAUGGCAAAUGACAUGGGUAUCACACCUAAAGCAUCUCAUGAUCUUAUGGCAAGACAAGUAGGAGGGAGGGAGAAUUUGGGUUUCAUUCCUGAAGAUUAUAAAAAUUAUUUGCGAUCUAAGAGAACAAGAGAUUCGAGAAUAGGAGAUACAGGUGGAGUAUUAGAAUAUCUGCAAAAGAUGCAAUUUGAUGAUCCGAAUUUUUUUUAUGCCAUUCAAGUUGAUGAAGAUGACUUGAUUACAAAUAUUUUUUGGUCUGAUGCAAAGAUGAGAACAGAUUACUCACAUUUUGGGGACGUGGUUUGCUUUGACACAACUUAUAGAAAAAAUAAUGAAGGUCGUCCUAUUGCCUUAUUUGUAGGCGUGAAUCAUCACAAACAGACUGUGAUUUUCGGUGCUGCAUUAUUAUAUGAUGAAACAGCUGUAACAUUUGAGUGGUUAUUUGAUACAUUUACUAGAGCUAUGGGUGAGAAGAAACCAAUUACUAUUCUGACAGAUCAAGAUGCUGCAAUGGCUAAGGCAUUAUCUUCUAUAUGGCCUGAAACUCAUCAUCGUUUAUGUCUUUGGCAUAUUUUUCAAAAUGCUGCAAUUCACUUGAGUGGUAUUUUUUCGCAGUUUAAAGAUUUUGCUAAAGACUUCGGUGCAUGUGUAUAUGAUUAUGAAGAAGAAGAUGAGUUUAUUGCAGCAUGGGACAAUAUGUUGAAAAAGUAUGGACUUGAAGAUAAUGAUUGGUUGAAGCGAAUGUUUAAACUAAAAGAAAAAUGGGCCUUAGUUUAUGGAAGACAAAUGUUUUGUGCUGAUAUGACUACCACCCAAAGAAGUGAGAGCGUGAAUAGUAUUGUGAAAAGGUAUGUCAACUACAAGCACAAGUUCUUAGAAUUUUUUAAUCACUUCCAAAGACUUCUUGAAGAUCGUCGAUAUGAGGAAGUAAAAGCUGAUUUCAAAGCAAAUACAAGUAUUCCAUCUAUGGUGUAUCCAGUUGAGAUUUUAAAGCAUGCAGCUAGAAUCUAUACCCCUGAAGUAUAUAAAAAGUUUGAGCAGGAGUGGUAUAAAUCUCAUGAUUCUAGUUUGGAAUACUUUGAAGACGAUGGGUUAUUGGUCAAAUAUAAAAUCACCCCUCACAAUAAGAUUCAUCACCAUAUAGUUACAUUUGAUUCAUCAAGUGAGAAAACUAACUGUAGUUGCAGAAAAUUUGAAUUUGCUGGGAUUUUGUGCUCUCAUAUUUUGAAGGUAUUCACCAUGAAAAAUAUUAUGAAGAUCUCAAGUGAAUACAUCAUGAAAAGAUGGACACGACAUGCCAAAGCUGGAUUUAUUGGAGAUUCAAAUCUCAAUAAGUUCACCUCUUAUCCAAAAGUACUUCAAAAUCUACGAUACAAAGAGUUAUGUGGGUUGUAUGUUCAGUUGGCUACAAAAGCAUCUGAGGAUGAAGAUACUUACAGAAUUGUAAAAGAUGGAAUUUUGAAGAUGUUUGAUAUGGUGGAUGGCAGAUUGCAAGGUCAAGAGUUAGAUCAACAUGCAGAUCAAACAAGUUUGUUGUUGAAUGAGCUUGAUUUACAAACUAAUGAAAGAAACACUAGUGCAGUCAAAGAGAUAAAAAGCCGACUUCCUCCUGAUGAUGCCAAAAAGGGAGAAGAGGAUUCGAUGAAGCUCAUCCGAAGGGAAGAGGAAAUGAUCCCCUCUGUCUUCAAUAGGGCUGAAGAGAUCAUCGCAAAGGUUGCUCCUACUUUUGCUACAGUCGAACUCAACAGAAAGAGAAGCAGAGAAAGCUCCUCAAAUGAGCCAGAGCUGAAGAAGACGAAAUUCGACUUCGUAUCAACUCUAAAAGAAGGUCAAAAGCUCGAACACUACUUCAAGAAUGGACUGAUAGUUUCAUUUUUGGAAAAGUUUGAGUGA